AUGGGCCAUUGGAUUUGUGAAUCCGGUUUAUUUCGGUGGUGGACCAGAGAGGUGUUAAGAACGUGGUGUGACAUCUCGGUCAACCUUGACUUGCGUGUGGUGCUGUUCCAUCUGAGAUACUGUGGCGAAAAAUAUCGUCCAAAUUUCACUCAUGACGAAAUCGUCAAAAUAACCCAGGCUUACGUUGCUUUGGGCGGUGGAGGUUUGGCACUUUUCGGUUCGGCUUGUCUCCACACAUGGCCCGAAAACAUCUCCCAAGUCAUCCCAAACUUUAUCAAUCAAAAACCAAUCGAUCGAGCAAAAUUCAUGGAUGAUAGUUGCUACCGUGGUACUUUGGGCGCUUGCUUUUCGACAACUUUGGGCUCAGUUUUACACGAAUUGUGCCACACUUUUGAUUUAGGGCACACGGAAAAGGGCAUCAUGGGACGAGGGUUCGACGAUAUUUACAAAGUUUUCGUAUGUAAUAAAAGAAGCACCGAAAUGAAGAAAUUUGACGAAGAUGGAACGUUUUGGACACGGAGUUGUUUGGUGCUUUUGGCUUAUCACAAAUGGCUAAAUAAUCACCCAAACGACGGAAAAGGCUUAUUAAAAUUUGACCCAGUCCACAAAAUUCUAAGCUCGACUAAAGGUCUUCGAGUAAUCGAAUUACGAAAUGAAGGCAACGGAAUGGUUUUAUUCAAUUGGGUGUUUGAGGGACGUAUCCUGAAAUAUUCCUUCCAAAUUCCCAACGACCAGCUAGUGACUGAAAAUUAUGUUAUGAUUGUCGAAGAUAACGUUGGAAAUAUUUUAAAACAUGAAAUAAAAUUAAUCGUGUAGUUGGUAA